AAGCCCAUUCCGUAAAAUCCAGGGAAUCCACAAAACUAGCGAGUUUCACUUUGUUCUCGUUUUUACAAUCGCUUCGCUACGCUUCGUUUCUUUUCCUCUUCAAAUUCUCACUUCCCUCUCUCGUCUCUUUUCCAUUUUCCCUUUACUAUCUCUCUAUCAUUUCCACUCUUCGUUCCGAACUCUCCGAUUAGGGCACACGAGAUGCCCCUCUUCAUCUCCGACGAGGAGUUUUCGCGCUGCUCCGGCGAUGCCGCUGCCGUCGCCGCCAAGGCUGACGCCUACAUCCGCGGCCUCCUCCACGAGCUUGACACCGUUCGCGCCAAGGCCGACGCCGCCGACAUCAACGCCGAGCAGAACUGCUCCCUCGUCGAGCAGAAGUACCUCUCCCUCGCCGCCGAGUUCUCCAAGCUCGAGUCGCACGUCUCCGAGCUUCAAUCGUCCCUCGAUCAACGCCUCCGCGAGCUCUCCGAGGCGCAAUCGCAGAAGCACCAAAUCCACUUGCAAUCGGUUGAGAAGGAUAGGGAGAUAGAGCGGUUGAGAACGGAGGUGGGGGAGCUGCACAAGUCAAAGAGGCAGUUGAUUGAGUUGAACGAGCAGAAGGAUUUGGAGCUUAGUGAGAAGAAUGCGACCAUCAAGAGUUAUCUUGAUAAGAUUGUUCAUUUAACUGAAAAUGCUGCUCAUAAGGAGGCUCGUUUGAGUGAAGUUGAGGCAGAAUUGGUGCGAUGCCGGGCUGCUUGCACUCGCCGUGAACAGGAGAAGGAGAUAGUUCAGAAGCAAAAUGCUUGGCUUAACGAGGAGUUGACUGCAAAAGUUAACAGUUUCUUUGAGCUGCGCAGAAAACACACAGAAUUGGAUGCUGAUAUGUCUUCUAAGCUUGCAGAUGUAGAGAGACAAUUCAGUGAAUGUUCUCAAUCUCUACAGUGGAAUAAGGAUAGAGUGAGGGAGCUAGAAAUGAAGCUUAAAUCUGUGCAAGAGGAAUUAAUUUCAGCUAAAGAUGCUGCUGCAGCCAAUGAAGAGCAGUUAUCUGCUGAACUCUCCACUGUUAAUAAGCUUAAUGAGCUAUAUAAAGAGAGUUCUGAGGAAUGGUCCAAAAAAGCAGCAGACCUAGAGGGUGUGAUAAAAGCAAUGGAGUCACGCCUAAAGCAAGUUGAAGAUGACUAUAAAGAGAAACUUGAGAAGGAAUUAUCUUCCAGAAAACAAGUUGAAAAGGAGGUCACUGAUUUGAAACAAAAGCUUGAAAAGUGUGAAGCUGAAAUUGAGACAAGGAAAAAAACGAAUGAAUUGAGUAACCUUCCCCUCAGCACUUUCACUACUGAACCGUGGCUGGCGUCAAUUGAAGCUGAUGGCAUGGUUGAGGAAAAUAACUUACUAGUCCCGAAAAUUCCUGUUGGUGUUUCUGGAACAGCAUUGGCUGCUUCACUUCUGCGAGAUGGGUGGAGUUUGGCAAAAAUGUAUGCAAAAUAUCAAGAGGCUGUUGAUGCACUGAGACAUGAACAAAUGGGAAGGAAGGAAUCAGAGGCAAUACUGCAACGGGUGCUAUAUGAGUUAGAAGAGAAAGCAGAAGCCAUAGUAGAUGAAAGAGUGGAACAUGAAAAGAUGGCUGAUGCAUAUUCCUUGAUGAACCAGAAAUUGCAAAACUCCCUUGAUCAAAAUUCCAACUUAGAGAAAACCAUCCAAGAACUGAAGGUUGACAUAAAAAGGCGUGAACGUGAUUAUAAUCUUGCACAGAAAGAAACAGACGACCUUCGAAAACAGGUGACCGUACUUUUGAAGGAAUGCCGAGACAUACAACUUCGUUGUGGGUCAGUUGGGUGUGAUAUUGUUGAUGAUGCUCCAAAUAUUGCUUCAAGGACAAGUACACAGACUGAAGCUGAAGAUGUCAUUUCAGAACAUCUUUUGACCUUCAAGGACAUUAAUGGACUAGUUGAGCAGAAUGUCCAGCUUAGAAGCCUUGUUCGUAGUCUUUCUGGCCAGAUUGAAAAUCAGGAGGUGGAAUUCAAGGAGAAGCUUGGAAUUGAACUGAAAAAGCAUACAGAAGAAGCUGCUUCUAAAGUUGCAGCUGUUCUGCAGAGAGCAGAAGAACAAGGACACAUGAUUGAAGCGCUUCAUACAUCUGUUGCGAUGUAUAAGAGAUUGUAUGAGGAGGAGCAUAAUCUUCAUUUAUCUCAUACCCAUUCUUCAGACGCUCUUGCAGCUGUUGCAGAAGUUGGAAGAAACAACCUUAAGACUUCAACUGAAAGUUCACAGGAGGUUGCUAAGAAGUCCCUUGAAAAAGCUGCUGAGCGUGUGAGAUGCCUUGAUGAUGAUCUAGCAAAGUCUAGGAGUGAGAUUAUUAUAUUAAGAUCAGAACGUGACAAGAGGACACUGGAAGCAAAUUUUGCUAAAGAGAGACUUGAGAGCUUUGUGAAAGAAUUUGAACACCAGAAAGCUGAAGUGAAAGGCAUUUUAGAAAGAAAUGUUGAAUUUUCUCAGCUGGUUGUUGACUACCAACGAAAAUUGCGUGAGAGCUCUGAGUCAUUGAAUGCUGCUGAGGAGCUUUCUCGGAAACUUUCAAUGGAGUUGUCUGUUUUAAAGCAUGAAAAGGAAGUCAUUUCAAAUGCUGAAAAGAGAGCAUCUGAUGAGGUUUGCAGUUUAUCUGAAAGGGUGCAGCGCUUGCAGGCUAGUUUGAGUACCAUACAGAGUGCUGAGGAAGUUCGAGAGGAAGCAAGAGCAGCAGAGAGGGCUAAACAAGAAGAAUAUAUUAAGAAAUUGGAGAGGGAAUGGGCUGAGGCCAAGCAGGAGUUGCAUGAUGAGCGGGAAAAUAUGCGAAGACUCACACUAGACCGGGACCAGACCAUAAAAUGUACUAUGAGACAGGUUGAGGAUAUGAAUAAAGAGUUAGCUAAUGCAUUGCAUGCAGUUGCAUCUGCUGAAUCAAGGGCUGCUGUUGCUGAGGCAAAGCUCUCCAGUCUUCAAAGAAAAAUUGGUUCCACAGAUGACAAGCUUGUUGAAAUGGAUGGUGACGGUGGACCUUCAACUUUAUCAAGUGAUGAGGUUGUUGAAUUGCAAAAGGCAAAGGAGGAGAUUGAAAAAUUGAGAGAGGAAGCACAUGCUAACAAAGCUCACAUGCUACAGUAUAAGAGCAUUGCUGAGGUGAAUGAAGAUGCACUGAAACAGAUAGAAAUUGCACAUGAGAACUAUAAGACUGAGGCUGACAAUGCAAAGAAAGCACUGGAAUCUGAACUUCAUUCACUUAGGGAGAAGAUUUUAGAACUUGAAAAUGAAUCUAGUUUGAAAUCUGAAGAAGCAGCUUCUGCAACUGCGGGAAAGGAAGAGGCUCUUAUUUCCACUUUGUCUGAAAUCACAAAUCUCAAAGAGGAAGUUUUGACCAAAUCUUCUCAAAUUUCAGCAAUGGAAAUUCAAAUAUCUGGUUUGAAAGAACACCUGGACAAGGAGCAACAGAAAUGGCGUGCAGCUCAGACAAAUUACGAAAGACAGGUUAUUCUCCAGUCUGAAACUAUUCAAGAGUUGACUAAAACAUCUGAAGCACUAGCCUUGCUGCAAGAGGAGGCAUCUGAAUUACGGAAACUUGCUGAUGCUCAGAAAAUUGAAAAUAAUGAACUAAAGGCUAAGUGGGACGAGGAGAAGGCAAGACUAGAGAAGUCUAGGAAUGAUGCUGAGAAGAAAUACAAUGAAAUCAAUGAACAGAAUAAAAUACUUCAUAGCCAACUUGAGGCUUUGCAUAUUCAAUGGGCUGAGAAGGAGCGAAAUGCAGCUGGUAUUUCAUCUGGAAGUAGUAGUGCAGAUACCUUUGGUGAUGCUGGCCUUCAAAAUGUGGUUAAUUAUCUCCGGCGCUCAAAAGAAAUUGCUGAAACAGAAGUUUCAUUGUUAAAACAGGAAAAGCUACGAUUACAGUCACAGCUUGAGAGUGCUUUGAAGGCAGCAGAGUCAGCACAUGCAUCACUUGAAGCUGAGCAUGCAAAAUCAAGAUCCUUUUUGUUUACUGAAGAAGAGUUCAAAUCAUUGCAGCUUCAGGUCAGAGAAAUGAACUUACUUCGUGAGAGUAACAUGCAGCUUAGGGAAGAAAACAAACACAACUUUGAGGAGUGUCUGAAAUCACAUGAACUAGCACAAAAGGCAAGAGCUGAGACACAGAACCUAGAGAAUCUUCUGAGGGAAAAGGAAAUUGAGCUGGAUGGCCAUAAGAAAGAUAUUGAAACACUAAAAAUUGAAAAAGACCAUCUCAACCACAAGGUUUCUGAGUUGCAUGAAAGAAGCAAAAAUGUGGAUGUGGAGGAUUAUGAAAGAGUAAAGAAACUUGCUAGAGAUUUGCAGGAUAAGCUAAGAGAUAGGGAUGCUCAGAUAGAGGAAAUUAGUAAACUUCUGGCUGAAAAGCAGGAUUCUGUUUCACGUCUAGAGCAAGACCUUUCAAACUGCAGAUUGGAACUUGCAGACAGAGAGAAGAGAAUUAAUGAUACUCAGCAUGUUGAGGCUAACCUAAAACUGGAUGUGGAGAAGCAAAAGAAACUGCUGGCUCAAUUUAAGAAGAAAAUUGAUGGUUUGUUAAGGGAAAAGGAAGAUCUGGGGAAAGAGAAUCAGCAACUUUCUAGACAAUUAGAAGAAAUUAAGCAAGGGAAGAGGUCAACAAGUGAUACAACGGGUGAACAAGCGAUGAAGGAGGAAAAGGACACCAGAAUACAGAUUCUGGAAAAACAUCUGGAGAGAUUGAGAGAUGAAUUAAAGAAGGAGAAGGAAGAAAAUCGUAUUGAGAGAAGCAGACGACUGAAGACUGAAAAGGCUAUAAAGGACUCGUACAACAAUGUUGAGCAGGAGAAAACAAAGUUUAUUAAUGAACUUGAGAAGCAUAAGGAAGCUCUGAAAAGGCUAUCUGAUGAAGUUGAAAAGCUUAAGAUUGUUAUUGGCAAUCUUCCCGAGGGAACAAAUGUGGUUCAACUUCUUUCUGGAUCCAAUGUUGAUGACUUCGCUUCUCCUUAUAUAUCUGCUGUGGAAAAUUUUGAAAAGGAAGCUCAUUCAGUAUUUUAUGAACUUGGAGGUCGCAGCAAUCUCGGAGAUGCAACAACAGUCACAGAUAGUUCUGCAGCUGCUACAGGUUCUUUGGUCCCUGCUCAAUCCCCUAGCAUUAUAUCUCUGGCAGCCCCUGGAGCAAGCAGUUUACCACCUAAAGCCACAGGAGAAAGUGAGAAGAGACUUCCAUUACCCAAAGCCAGUGUUGAAACCCGUAAAACAGGUAGGAAAUUGGUUAGGCCUCGACUGGUAAAACCAGAUGAACCACAAGGUGACACAGAAAUGUCUGAUGCUGAAGGACCUGGGGGCAAGCCUGGGCCCUCUAGUGACGUAGAAACCCAAAGUAAUUUUGCUCUAUCAUCUCAACCAUCGGCCCGUAAACGUGUUGCUCCUACCUCGACUUCUGAUUUACGAGAAGAAUCAGCGGCACCUGGUGAGAAGAGCUCUGAUGUUGUAGCACCUGUGUUGAAGAAGUCAAAAGGAUCAGAGUCCCCAGAAGAAAGUGCUGAAGAACAACAUGCUUCAACUCCAGAACUUGCAGGCAGUCAUCCAGUUGCUGAUGAAUUAUUUGAAAGUGGUGAGUUGCCACAAGCCCAAAAUGAGGAAGUCGGUGAAGCUCAAAAUGAAGAUGGGGAGACUGCUGUUGGAAAUGAUGAGGAAUCCAAAGAUCCACAACACUUGGAUGCCACAAGUCAAGAGGCAUUACAGGGUGACAAGACUGGAAAUUUGGAAGAUAAUUUGGAUCAACCGGUUGAUACAAAAAUGCUAUCUGAUGAGAUGCAGAGGGACCACACUGAGCCAGACAGCCAGCAGUCAACAUUGGCACCCAGUGGUGAGAGAGAAGAAGGAGAAUUGUUGCCAGAUACUGGAGAUCUUGAGGGUAGUAGUGAUUUGUUUAACAUUGUGGAAAACCAAGAAUCUCGGGAUGGUCAAUCUGAGCCUGCUGCAACCCCUGAACCUUCCCCGGCUAGGGUUGAUGAUGAAGCUUUAGAGGCCGGUGAGAUUAAUUCUCCUGAGCCUUCAAGUGAUGAUAAGAACGAUGUGGGUGACUUGGUUGAGGAGGUUGCUGAUGGUUCUGAUAAGCUAAUUGAUGUUAAUGAACCCGUAUCAAGCGAGACUGAUCAGGGGGCAGGGCCUACCCCUGUUGCGAGUGAGAGUGGUACUUUAACGAGUAGUGCUGCAGAAGGUAGUUCGUCCAAAGUGAACUUACCUGUUCCAAGGCAAGGGCAAGGGGCCACUAGUGUCGCAUCUGAAACAGAAGAGAUAAAGCAGGCAUCACCUAUUAGUAGUACGUCAACAACCAUUAAUUUAUCGGAGCGAGCUCGAGAAAGGGCACAACUGAGACAGGCUGGGGUGGUUUCUACCAUUGCUAGAGGGCGUGGAAGGGCUACUCCUCGUGGUCGGGCUGUACGAGGUCGAGGAGGACGUAGACCUCCAUCGUCUGGUGAAGCAUGAGCUGUUGUGAUUGACGGAUAAUCAAAUUAUGACUUGGGGUCAGGUGUUGUAAACUUCUCCAUAGUUUAAUUGACAGUGACAGUAUAGAUCAAUGAGUAGGUGUAAAUGGGCGAUCAAUUCUCGUCAUGUAAAUGCAAUUUUGCGUCGCAUUUCUCCUUCCAAUCUAAUUUUGCCUUUUAUUCGUUUUGACAUCCCACAUCUGUGCUGAACAAAGUUGGAUAAAUCUAAUUUAGAUACGCAUGAGUGGUGAUUUUAUUUAACGUUUAUUCUUGAGGGGUUUUUAUGGUAGGACCAAAAAUGGAAUGACGGUGAUCUAGUUGUUUAAUUCAUUUAAUAGAAUCACGAGUGGGCAUGGAAUCACGAGUUGUUACUGUUGAAUUCGUUCGGCAGAAUUAGAUAAAGGGGAAACUAUUAGCAUUUCUCAUUAAUUUGCUAAAUGAUAAUGAGUUGUUUCUACGAAUUAGGACAUGUUUAGGUACUUAUUGAUUAUUCAUGUUUAGAUUCAACUGAUGUAUUUGUUGUUAAUGUAUGUCAAUGGGAAACAUGCAAUUUUUUUUAUCGCAGAUUUGUAGGCAACAAAAUGUAUCUUCAAAAAAGU